UCGGGCGGCGCCUCUCGGCCCCCGGCUCCGGCCCCGCCGGGGCGAUGCUCCCCGGGGCCGCGGGAUGAGCCAGUGACUCGGCCGGCCCCGGGCAUGGCGGAUCCAGUGUCCAGCAUCGCGGGCUCGGCAGCCAAGAGCGUGCGGCCUUUCCGCUCCAGUGAGGCCUACGUGGAGGCCAUGAAGGAAGACCUGGCCGAGUGGCUCAACGCCCUGUACGGCCUGGGUCUGCCCAGCGGUGGCGAUGGCUUCCUGACCGGGCUGGCCACGGGCACCACCCUGUGCCGACACGCCAACGCUGUCACCGAGGCCGCCCAAGCUCUGGCCGCCACUCGCCCAACCCGAGGUGUGGCCUUCCAGGCACACAGCGUGGCUCCUGGCUCCUUCGUGGCCCGCGACAAUGUGGCCACCUUCAUCGGCUGGUGCCGGACGGAGCUGGGCGUGCCCGAGGUGCUGAUGUUCGAGACCGAGGACCUGGUCCUGCGGAAGAACGAGAAGAGUGUCGUGCUGUGCCUGCUGGAGGUGGCGCGGCGCGGCGCCCGCCUGGGCCUGCUGGCCCCGCGCCUCGUGCAGUUUGAGCAGGAGAUUGAGCAGGAGCUGCGAGCUGCGCCCCCGGCCCCCAACACCCCCGCUGCUGGGGACCACGUCACCGAGACCGCCACUGCACCGGGGGCCCCCACUCGUGGACCCCGCAUGACUCCCAGUGACCUGCGCAACCUGGACGAGCUGGUGAGGGAGAUCCUGGGCCACUGCGCGUGUCCAGACCAGUUCCCCAUGAUCAAGGUGUCGGAGGGGAAGUACCGGGUGGGAGACUCCAGCCUGCUCAUCUUCGUGCGCGUGCUCAGGAGCCACGUGAUGGUGCGCGUGGGCGGCGGCUGGGACACCCUCGAGCACUACCUGGACAAGCAUGACCCCUGUCGCUGCUCCUCCGCUGCCCACCGCCUGCCCCCGCCCAGGACCCGCACUUUCUCCCCCCAGAGAGUGUCACCUGUCCCCAGCCCCCGCCCCGGCAGCCCCAUCCCCGGCAACGAGCGCCGGGGCUCCCGGCCGGAGGUGACUCCGCUGAGUUCACGAAGCACAAAGGAGGGGCCCGAGCCCCCGGCCAGACCCCGGGACCAGCUGCCCCCCCUGCCCCGCUCCCGUCGCUACUCCGGGGACAGCGACUCUUCGGCCUCCUCUGCCCAGAGCGGCCCCCUCGGUGCCCGCAGUGACGACGCCGCCCCCGGCCCGCGGAGGGAGCGGCCCAGCCGGCGGCUGACCACUGGGCCCCCGGCGUCCCCACGCCGGCCACCCGGCCCACGCAGCCAGUCCCGAGACCGAGUGGAUCGGGGACGACCUCGGGGGACCCCGGGGGGCCGAGGAGCCCAGACGGCGGCCCCCAGCCCCGCGCGGCGCGCCCGCAGCCAGAGCCGCGACGCACAGGCCGUGCUGCUCGUGCGCAGGGACCGCGACGGCCAGCACUCGUGGGUGACCCGGGGCGGGGGCGGGGGCUCGGGCGCCAGCACCCCGCACACCCCGCGAGCCCGCAGCCCCGCAGCGCCCCGCCCUCCCGGUCCCCGCGCGGCCGCCACCCCGGCCAGCGCCUUCCGCACGCCGCUGCAGCUGGACCCGCAGCAGGAGCAGCAGCUGAUCCGCCGCCUGGAGGAGGAGUUCCUGGCCAAUGCCCGCGCCCUCGAGGCCGCGGCCGCGCCAGACCCGCCGGCCCCCGACUCGGCCUACUGCUCCUCCAGCUCGUCCUCCUCGUCCCUCAGCGUCCUGGGUGGCAAGGGUGGCCCGCCCGGGGACCCCAGCCGGACAGCCAACGGGCUGCCCGGGCCCCGCAGCCAAGCCCUGUCCAGCUCUUCCGACGAAGGCGGCGGGGUGGCGCCCGAUGCACCUGGCCCGGACCCCUCGUGGACCUGGGCACGGGGGCGGAUGGACACGCAGCCAGAUCGGAAGCCCUCACGCAUCCCCACGCCGCGGGGGCCUCGGCGCCCGUCCGCACCCGCGGAGCUCGGGGCCUGGCGUGCCCUGCACUCGGCCGCCCCAAGGGCCGAGCCAGAUUUCUGAAUGUGAUGGAGCGGCCCAGCUGCUCCCCAGACCCCACCCCAAGUCCUCGUCCUUCAUGGCCUUAACCCACCCUCUGCAUCAGGGAGCCCCCGACGCCCCUGAGUACCAGACCUCAUGGGACCAGACCCCUCGGGACCACGUGGGGGCGGGGAUUGCUAUUUAAUUACUAAUAUUAUUGAAUGCCUUAGAGGAGGCCGGGUCAGCCCGGUGUCCUGGGGACCAGUGGUCCAGCCAGAGCCUCUGACAGUAAAGGUUUGCU